AGUAAUCAGAUAAUAAUGGAUGAGAAAUUCCAUGAUCGUCACAGAUCAUCGAAGAGACAACGGCCUUCUUCACAUGAAAGUAGCUCUAGAGAAAGGCACAAGUUAAGAAAGCAUAGUCCUCAAAAGCAGACUCCAGACUCUGAAUUCAGUUAUCUGGACUAUAAAAGAAAUCUGAACAAAAUUAUGACAUACAGUAAUGAUUCUAAUACAGUAGUAAACAGUCUUGACGACUUCUGGGUGUUUGUGAAAAAGUAUGAAAUGACAUUAAAAAAAGCAGGGAAACCAAUUAUAGAUAAUGAAUGUAAUCAAAAUGAAUUAAAUGAUAUUGGAUUACCAAUUAACUUUUCUAAGCAUGAUUGUAUAAAUUUUAUGAGUAAAAUGAAAUAUAUAGAAGUGUAUGAUGAGAGGGAAAAAAGAAAACUUGAUAAGAAAAUGUUUGAUUCAUUCUUAAAUAUAGUAUCAAUAUAUUUAGAUUUUAAAAAUAAAGAAAAAUUUGAGAAGUUAAAGAAAUUGAGAAAGGCUCAAAGUGAACUACCUGUUGCUAAAUAUAGAGAUGAAAUAGUGGCAGCCGUACAAAACGAGAAAGUAGUAAUAGUUGCUGGUGAUACAGGAUGUGGUAAAUCAACACAAGUGCCUCAGUACUUACAUGUAGCUGGUUUUAAAAAUAUUGCUUGCACCCAACCUAGAAGAAUAGCUUGUGUAUCUUUAUCAAAGCGAGUAGCUUUUGAAAUGCUGACUCAAUUUGAGACUAAAGUUGGCUACCAAAUUAGAUUUGAAAAAAGCAAAACAGCAGAUACGAAAAUAUGUUUUAUAACUGAAGGAUUACUGUUGAGGCAGAUGUCAUCAGAUAAUUUACCAAACUAUGACGUCAUAAUUCUUGAUGAGAUUCACGAGCGACAUUUGAUGGGUGACUUUCUAUUGGGCAUAUUAAAGUGCUUGAUACACACUCGUAAUGAUAUUAAACUAGUGCUUAUGUCAGCUACGAUCAAUAUAAAACUUUUUGAAGAUUAUUUCUCUAAAGAAUCAGCUGUUGUUAUUCAGGUACCAGGUCGACUAUUUCCUAUAGAACUGAAGUACAAGCCCAUUUUGAUAGAAGACAAGCCGACAAGAGAUGAUAGGCUUGAUCCUCAGCCCUAUGUGCAAAUUAUGCAAUUAAUAGAUAGCAAAUAUCCAAGCGAAGAAAGGGGUGAUCUCCUAAUUUUUAUGUCUGGUGUCCAAGAAAUUACUACAAUAUGUGACGCCGCUCAACAGUAUGCGGAGAAAACGAAAAAGUGGAUCAUUUUACCAUUGCACAGUGGAUUGUCCCUUACUGAACAAGAUAAGGUUUUCGAUUAUCCACCAGAGGGCGUCAGAAAAUGUAUAGUAUCAACAAAUAUUGCAGAGACAUCGGUUACAAUAGAUGGGAUAAGAUUUGUUGUUGAUUCUGGAAAGGUAAAAGAAAUGAGCUAUGAUUCAUCAACAAAAAUGCAGAGAUUAAAAGAGUUUUGGAUAUCAAAGGCAAGCGCUGAUCAGAGGAAGGGGAGGGCUGGACGAACCGGUCCCGGCGUAUGUUACCGAAUAUAUUCUGAAGAACAAUACUCUGAUAUGGAAGCGUUUAGCACUCCAGAAGUUUCUAGAGUUCCAUUAGCGUCCUUACUUCUAUUGAUGAGUUCUCUUGGUGUAAACGAUGUGAGACAGUUCCCUUUCAUAGACACACCACCUGUGGAGGCAAUCGAGGAUGCAUUGUUGGAAUUAAAACAACAUGGUGCUAUAACAUCGAACGAGAAAUUAACAGCACUGGGUAAGGCAUUGGCCAGUCUACCGGUGGACGUUUCGCUAGCAAAGGCACUAGUAGUCGCCUCUGCUAGUAUACCAACACACAAACUAGAUUCAGCCUUAGCCCUAGCCGCAGCCUUGGGAAUUCGGUCUAUAUACACUACUAGAGCUCAUAGAGACUUUGAGUGUGAGAACUCUCGUAAAUCAGACGAAUCGGAUCACGGUGAUCCAGUAACACUGCUGUCGUUAUACUGCGCGUGGUUGAGAGAAAAAUCUCGUGGUGGGGGCAGAGCGUGGUGUAAGAGACGAGGGCUUGAAGAACAGAGGCUGUACGAAUUGACCAAGCUGGCUGCACAGCUUAAUACCUUGUUACAGGAUAAUAAUUUGAAAGAGGCACCCGAACCUGAAACGAUGUCGUCAGCGGAAAGAGCGUUACGACACGGUCAGAUGAAGCAAUUGAAGGAUAUGAGAAGGCAGUAUAAACAAAAAGCAGCCGAAGAUUCAAAACGUCGUAAGCGCCUCAAGGUUGAUUCAUGGGAGAUAGUGGAUGAUAAAGAUGACGAUAAUAUAGUCGAUAUAAGAGAUAUAGAGUUCCGUAUGACAAAUGACUCCAGUAGAAUACGAGCUCUGAUCAAUGGUUCUAGUACGAAUAGCGGGAGAGAUCUUAUUAUGUUAAAGUUGGUACUCUGCAGAGCUUUGUAUCCUCAAGUAGCGGUGGCGGACGAAUACAACCAUUGUAAGUCAGUAUCAGAACAACUUUUCCAUACAUGGAGUAAACCGUUCGUGUUUCUCCAUCCUACAUCGAUAUUCGGUAAAAAUCCGAGACUAUUGCAACUCACAGACGCCGAUGUACAGACAGACGAGCCAUUUGGAUAUAAAAGCAGGCAACCCUUGUCUUCGAAACAUCAAAUGUUGUGUUAUUUAUCAUUAUUAGAAACAACUAAACCAUACAUAGUAAACUCAAUGCGAAUGCCAGCCGCUCAAACAUUGCUCCUUCUAGCACAUUCUAUAGAUACUAAUAUUGGAUUUACCAGAUUAGUGUGUGAUUCAUGGCUACUCUUAGAGUUUCCAUAUCCAGAGUCUGGCUUAAAUUUACUUAUGAAGGCUGUGAAGUUAAGACAACGCUGGGAGGCUCUUAUAAAUAGACGAUUGCUAGAUGCAAAUCCAAACAAAUCAGUUGAAAGUGAACUACAAAAGGCAAAUCAAUCAAAAUCAUCGUAUGAGGAGCUCCAAUAUGAACUGUCGUGUGAUAUAAGAACUUAUAUAAAUAGUGAUAUAUAUUAUACUAUAAAGAGAUGUUUACCAGGAGACCUAAAAAUUAUGUAUGUGGGUCCCGACGAAGUACAUCCAACUAUAGACCCUAAUCCCUUCGAACAAGGGUUCGAAUGUCGUCCUCACGAGAAAAAGGGUGGGGUUUAUGUUACUGAUAAUAUUGUUUUUAAUUGUGUUGUAGACACCGAGUGGAGUUACAAAAGCUAUGAAGAAACUUACAGCCUCCCUUGGACGUGUCCAGAUUGUGAGAUCUCUGUUUGUCUGUCACCUUUAGAGAGAUUACAGCAUAAAGAGUUUACGUGUUCUUCUAGAACGGAAGAGAAGGACGUAAAGAAGAAACCGAUUAAAGAAAAUAAACCUAACACUAAAGAAUUUGAAUGUGAUAUAUGUAAAUCAACAUUGUAUUUAACGCCUGUUGAAAUAUUGAAGCACAAAAAAGCAUGUAAUUAAAUUGUUCUUAAAAAAUCGUGGUAUUCUUUAUACAAUAAAG